CCAUCGAGGCCCUGCACGCGCAAUCCGAGGAAACCGCACGCCGCGCCUCAGCGCGCGCCUCGGCAUUCGCUGCAGCUGCGAAACAUAAACCAGCCCGGACGGCCGGUAGUGGUGGCGUGCAUACGCUCUCGGAUUCAAGCAGCUCGUACACGUUCCACCGACUCCUGCCGUUAUCGUACUUGCCUCGCCCCGAACGGUCGUUGGAGUUCUUGAAGCGGCUGCGCGACGAUCCAGGGAUCAAGGCUGCGAUGGCCAAGCAUAAGUUCUCAGUGCCGGUGUUGACGGAGAUGAAUCCUGCAGAGCAUACGACGAUGGAAUCGCGGACGCUAGGGUUGAAUCGGAAUAAGGGCGAGGUGAUUGAGUUGCGGCUGCGCACGGAUGCGUACGAUGGGUAUCGCGAUUAUCGGACUAUACGGAAGACGUUGUGUCAUGAGCUGGCGCAUUGUGUGCAUAGUGACCAUGAUCGCGCGUUUUGGGACCUGACGGCGCAGAUUGAGAAGGAGGUGGAGAGGGCAGAUUGGAAGCAUGGAGGAAAUAGACUGACUGGGCAGGACUUCUAUGUGCCGGAGGAUUGGGAGGCGGAGAAGGAUAUGGAGAUUGUGGAUGAGUGUGGGUGGACUGGGGGCGAGUUUGUGCUGGGUGGGUUGAGGGAGGAUGGGGUAGGGAUGAGGGCUGGGGCGCAAGGUGCUGAGGGAAGGAGAGAAAUGUUGGCGAGAGCUGCGGAGGAGAGGAUGAGGAAGAAGAGAGACGAUGAGAGUAGAGAGGGUGGUAAUUGA